AUGCUGAACAUCAACGUAGGUGGGAAGGGGUAUCAGAUCUCAUACAGGGUUGCUGCCAAGUAUCCCAAGACCAGGAUCGGCCGCCUGGCGACAUGCACAGACCACAACAGAAAGCUGGACCUGUGUGACGACUAUGUUGUCCAAAACAACGAGUUUUUCUUCGACAGGGACCCGGACAUCUUCCACAGCAUCUUCAACUUCUACCGGACGGGCGUGCUCUGGAUCAAGGACGAGCUGUGUCCCAGGAACUUCCUGGAGGAGAUCAACUAUUGGGGCGUCAGGAUCAAGAACACACACCGCUGCUGCCGAAUCUCCUUUGAGGAGCGCCAGGAUGAACUCAAUGAGCAGCUGAAGAUCCAGCGGGAGCUGGAGGCCGAGGUGGAAAUGGAGGAGAAUGAGGACCUGUUCCACGGGAUGGCGUUUGGCCAGACACGCUGGAUCAUCUGGAACCUGAUGGAGAAGCCCUUCUCCUCCGUCACCGCCAAGCUCAUGGCUCUGGCUUCCAGCUUCUUCGUGCUGGUGUCCCUGGUGGCCAUGACGCUGAACACGGUGGAGGAGAUGCAGUACAACACCCCCACAGCCCAGCUGAGCGGGAAGACCUACGGGGAGCAUGUGGAAACCUUCUGCAUCGCUUUCUUCACCAUGGAGUACCUGCUGCGUCUGGUGUCCACACCGGACCUGCGACGCUUCGGGAAAAGCGUCCUGAACGCGGUGGACCUGAUUGCCAUCUUUCCCCUCUACCUGCAGCUAGUGCUGGAGUGCUUCGAGAACGACGACUACGGGAAGCACCAAGACAUCGAGACGGUGGGCCGGGUGGGCAAAUUGGGCCAGGUGCUGAGAAUCAUGCGUUUGAUGAGGAUCUUCCGUAUCUUGAAGCUGGCACGCCACUCUACGGGGCUGAGAGCAUUCGGCUUCACGCUGCGCCAGUGCUACCAGCAGGUGGGCUGCCUAUUCCUUUUCAUCGCCAUGGGAAUCCUCACCUUCUCUGCCAUGGUGUACACGGUGGAGCAUGAUGUCCAUCAGACCAACUUCACAAGCAUCCCUCACGCAUGGUGGUGGGCAGCUGUGAGCAUCUCUACUGUGGGCUAUGGAGACAUGUUUCCAGAGACCAUCCUGGGCCGGCUGUUUGCUUUCGCCUGCAUCUCCUUUGGGAUCAUUCUGAACGGCAUGCCCAUAUCCAUCCUGUACAACAAGUUCUCAGACUACUACACCAAGCUGAAGUCUUAUGAGUACAGCUCCACGCUGAAGGCUCGGGGCAAGGUCAGGUUCGCCAAGAGGGCGGCCAGGAAGUUUACCAAAUGCUGUGACGAUGCAGUCCAUAAACACACUGGUGUAGACGAUUAA